GAGAGAGAGAGAGAGAGAGCAUGCAUCUAUUUCACAAUAAGAACAUUUAAAAAUAAAUUAAUUGAUUCAGUCGACAGAAAUGCUGGAGUUCUUUUAUUUUGAAAUGGGUCGGCUACAGGAAGUGUUGCAAAUAUUUGUGUUUGUGACGUUUUCAACAGAUAAACAUUGAAACUGGUGUGAAAGAUCAUUUCACUGUGUUCUGCUGCAGAGCGGCCUGAACCACAACUGAGCCGCAGCCGGCCCGGUGCAACAUGGACGAGGACACUUCAGAGCAAGUUGGACCCUCACACACAAAAGGUCAGGACCAGAGACUGAGAGAAGAGUCUCCAGGGUCCGGCUGUCUGUCUCUGAAGAGUGACUGGUCCAUGUUUGAGCCUCUAAACUUCAGUAAAGAACCUGGACCCUCACACACAGAAGGUCAGGACCACAGACUGAGAGCAGAGUCUCCAGGGUCCAGCUGUCUGUCUCUGAAGAGUGACCGGUCCAUGGGAGUUCCUCCACACUUCAGUAAUGAACCUGGACCCUCACACACAGAGGAGAGGAAGAGGAGGAGUCAUGUUUCUGAGGAGGAGCAGUCGUCCUGCUGUGCUUCGUGUCAGGACGUCCUGAAGGAUCCAGUCUCCACCAGCUGUGGACACUGGUUCUGCAGACAGUGCAUCACCUCAUACUGGGACCAGUCUGGUUCUUCAGGAGACUGCUCCUGUCCCCAGUGUGGAAAACGAUCCAGAACAGGAGCUGGAGAUCGUGGUCUGCAGGAGGUUUCAGAUGAACAUAAGCUCAGUCAGAGGAGGAGAUGUGAACAUGUGACUGAAGGAACUGAUGCAACAGGAAGUAGAACCCUCCUCAACAGGAUCUACACUGAGCUCUACAUCACAGAGGGACAGAGUGAAGAGGUUAAUACUCAACAUGAGGUGAGGCAGCUUGAGACGGCUUCCAAGAAGAAGAUCCUCCACGACACUCCCAUCAGGUGCCACGACAUCUUCAAAGCCUCCACUGACCAGCAGAGCAGCAUCAGAGUCGUCCUGACCAACGGCGUCGCUGGCGUUGGAAAAACCUUCUCGGUGCAGAAGUUCACUCUGGACUGGGCAGAGGGUUUAGAAAACCAGGAUGUGCGUCUGCUGAUUGUGCUUUCGUUCAGGGAGCUGAACCUGGUGAAGAACCAGCAGCACAGUCUCCUCACGCUGCUCCGUGUUUUCCAUCCAGCGUUACAGAAGCUCACGGCAGAGACGCUCGCUGUCUGUAAACCUUUGUUCAUCUUUGACGGCCUGGAUGAAAGCAGACCUUCUCUGGACUUCAACCACAGGGAGCUUGUGUCUGAGGUCACACAGAGGUCAUCAGUCAACGUGCUGCUGACAAACCUCAUCCGGGGGAAUCUGCUUCCCUCGGCUCUCGUCUGGAUCACCUCCAGACCUGCGGCGGCCAAUCAGAUCCCUCCUGCAUGUGUUGACAGGGUCACAGAAGUACGAGGCUUCACUGAGGCCCAGAAGGAGGAGUACUUCAGGAGGAGAUUCAGUGAUGAAGAGCUGUGCAGCAGAAUCAUCUCACACAUCAAGACGUCCAGGAGCCUCCACAUCAUGUGUCAAAUCCCAGUCUUCUGCUGGAUCAGUGCUACAGUUCUGGAGCACAUGUUGACCACAGACCAGAGAGGAGAGCUGCCCAAGACCCUGACUGACCUGUACUCACACUUCCUGCUGGUUCAGACAAAGAGGAAGAACAACAAGUACAGUGAGGAACAUGAGACGACUCCACAGCAGCUGACGGAGGCUGACAGGGACGUUCUCCUGAAGCUGGGGAGGCUGGCACUUAAACAUCUGGAGGAAGGAAACAUCAUGUUCUACCAAGAAGACCUGGAGCGAUGUGGUCUUAAUGUCACAGAGGCCUCGGUGUACUCAGGAGUUUGUACUGAGAUCUUCAGAAGAGAGUGUGUGAUCUUCCAGAAAUCAGUCUACUGCUUUGUUCAUCUGAGCGUUCAGGAGUUCCUGGCUGCAGUCUACAUGUUCCACUGUUACACCGAGAGGAACACAGAAGAAAUCAAGAACUUCUUGGGAACAGAUGAGGACACAGACAGUACCUUCUCCCUGGAUGACCUCCUGGAAAGAACCAUGAGGAAAUCCCUCAACAGUACAAAUGGUCAUCUGGACCUGUUUGUUCGCUUCCUUCACGGCCUCAGUCUGGAGUCCAACCAAAGAGUCUUAGGAGGCCUGCUGGGUCGGACAGGGAACAAUCCAGAGAUCAUCCAGAGAGUCAUCAACAACCUGAAGAAGAUGGAGACGAACAGUUAUAGGAUUUCUCCUGACAGAAGCAUCAACAUCUUCCACUGUCUGACUGAGAUGAACGACAACUCAGUUCAUCAGCAGAUGAAACAGUUCCUGACGUCAGAGAACAGAUCGAAGAAGAAACUCUCUUUGAUCCACUGCUCAGCUCUGGCCUACAUGCUGCAGAUGUCAGAGGAGGUUCUGGAUGAGUUGGACCUGGAGAAGUUCAACACAUCAGUCCAGGGUCGAUUCAGACUGAUCCCAGCUGUGAGGAACUGCAGGAAGGCUCGACUCGUUGGUCGUCUCCUCUCAGAGACUCACUGUGAAGUCGUGGUCUCAGCUCUGAAGUCAGACCCCUCACAUCUGAGAGAACUGGAUCUGAGUGUAAACCCCCUGCAGGAUUCAGGAGUGAAGCUGCUGUGUUCUGGACUGGAGAGUCCAAACUGUCGACUGGAGACUCUGAGUCAUCUGUCCCUCACCCAGCCUGUCAGUCACGUCCACCUCAUCAACUCCAUUCACCUGCACUCACCUGCUCCUGAUCACUGAGAAAGUGUCAGUAAAUAACAUGUGGACUGAGGCCGAGCACUCGUCCUCCUCAGGUUUUCAAAAUAAGACACAUUCU